GUAAACGCAAAGAUUUUCUCUGUUUCGUUUUCAAUUCGCUUGUUACUUGUUUCCGGGAAUCCAGAAAGUAUUCCUUGCAUUACCCACCAUCUAUUUACUUCGGACAUAAUGUCGACCAACGAACUAGUCUUGACCGCCGAUGUGCGGCAGAGAAUUCUUGAGUAUGCAAAGCGAAUGGAAAGAGCCGGUAGCGACCGUUUUGACAAAGAGCCAAGUGCUGACAAUGGUCAAGUCCUUUUGCAACAAGAGUUGCAUACUGAGCUGGACGACAGUCAAAUAGCACAUCCGACCGCCCAAAUGCCAAAUCAGACCGCUCAUCUGUUGCCUGGACAAGCCAGGGCCUGCACCGACAAUAGAGAAAUACAAAACCACAUGGAUAUUAUGCUGGAGGAGGAGCAUCCCACACGCCGCGGCAAUCUGCCGCCGCACGCGGUGAAGAUCCUCAAGAGCUGGCUAUACGAGCAUCGUUAUAACGCGUAUCCCAGUGAAGUGGAGAAGCGGAUUCUUGCCCACAAGGGAAACAUCUUAGUGCAGCAAGUAAACAACUGGUUCAUCAAUGCGCGCCGCCGCAUUCUGCCCGGCAUGAUACGUCGGGAUGGCAACAACCCAUCACAUUUUACCAUCUCGCGGCGUUCCAAGAAGUCCAUUCCCAACUAUAUGCAGUCCAUGAAUGUAAAUAUAAAUAAUGCCAUGGAUCUUGGUACAGGCUCUCCAGACUCUGAUCUGGAUAUUGACAAUAGUCCUUAGGUCAAUGAAUAAUCGCCAGACAGCUAAGGGAGAACAUUGUGAACCUUGCAAGAACUAAAGAAAAUGAAAGAUAUUUGGUACAUAAAGAGACUUAAAAAGUUCACACAACAGUCGGUAUUCUCCAUAGUUAAAUUUUAAAAUAAUAUUUACUAAUAACAAAAGCUCACGUUUGUCAUUAAGGAAUAUAAGCUUGAAGCGUAUUCAAAUUGUUUAUGAACUGUUCAGCAAAAAGCUUAUCUACUCUGUAAAAAUAAAUCAAUGUGAAUGUCUUGGGAGCAAUAAGGAGAAAUAGAAAACACGUAAACAAAGGAAACAUAAUCGAACUAUGGAAAUAUGCGAGUAUC